UGCAGUAUUUUUGUUUUGGCUGCUUUGCUUAAGGUUUCUUUGCAGUAUUUUUGGCAUCAGCUCAGACUGCUGUAAUGGGAUCUCGAUUUCAACAACUCUCUCAGCCUAAGCUGAACCAUCUCAGAUAUCUGAACCGUCGCUCUGUUUACUGGCUAGAUAAACUACCGCAGGAGAAGACUGAAUCCACUACCCAAAUUGAGUUGACAUCUCGCUGGUCAGACUUGACCAGCAGGAAAAUCUUCAACACUCAAAUCCCACUUUCUCCCAUUUGGGAGGUCAGUAAAUGGGCUCUUAGGGCCGUCCCUUCUGAACGACUAUGUAAAUUGGCUCAGCCUCGCCCCCCUGCUCCAGGGUGGCAGCCUGGCCGCCCUCUGCCAACACCUGUGAGUCGAGGGACACAAUCAGCAGUUGCCUCCUCACGGCUUAGAGAGCUCGCCCAGCCGAGGAGACAACAACUUCAAGUGUUAUCUAGCUGCAGAUCUGAACCUCGACCUACCACCCAGUUGGCCUCAAGAACAUCUGCCCAUAUAGAGGUACUAGCCACUCCAAAGCAUAACCACCCUGAGUAUAAGGGAGAGCGCCCAGUAUGCUGGCCAGUUUCCAAAGCGGCCAGACAUCAUGUAGCCAGCCAGAGACUUUGUGAGCUGUCCUACCCCAAAAGAAGAAAAGCACUGUUUGAGGGGUACAACCCGUAUGUUGUUAGCCGGGCUGCUCGCUCUGCUAACCCCUCCACUCGAAUACAGGAGCUCUGUUUGCCUCUGCCUCGGAAAUAUAGUUCAAAGGAAUGGUGACUCAUGUUAUCCCUGGAGAGAUUUCUGUUGUUCUCAAUUUAGUUUUCAAGGCUCAAUAAGAUUAUUUUCAAUUUAAGCAACCUUAAACUCAUUUGCUCCAUCUAUUGCCUUAGGGUUUAAUAUUUUUGGAAUUAGCUGAUUGAUUUUAGACUCCUUAAAGACUAAUGGUUUUACAACUGUUGUCUUGAUGUAUCAGAGUGUUAUCACCUUAUGAGAAGCACAUAAACUGCCAUCAUCUGAAACAAAAGCAUCACUGUGUAGGGUUUUUUCUAAGAGAUGGCAUAUGCAAUUGAUUGGGUGCAUUCUUUUUUUCUUAAAUUAAGUUUGCUAUUUCCUCAAGGGAGAAUUUUAGGACUUUUUCCCCCUAUUUUUAUUAAGUCUUGAAAGUUAAGAUUGGCACCUACUUCCAGAAAGACCAUUACAGGCAUUUAUUUUGUCCUUUUACUGAGGAGGAGGAUGUUUAAAUUCAGCCACAUUAAAGAACUUUGGGCAUGAACAGCUUCCUUGAUGUCAUGUAACGAAGUCCUUAUCGGGUUAAAGCCCAAGAUUUAACUAGACCACUCCAAAAUUAUGUUUAUGCUCUGUAAAUCUCUACUCAUAGUCAUUACCCUCUCUGGUUUUUACUUAAAUAGAUAAUCUUUUUUUUCCUUUUUAAUAAGUGUAACAUAUAUCUCUCUUCACUUGAAUAUAUUUAAUGUAUAAACAAAUC